GUUUGGAGAUGUUCCUCAGGGCCGCUGUCCAUUAAGGAAACCGCUAGAAAGUUCUGGAGCGGAUACGAGGAGAGAGAGAGAGAAAGAAAGCAACCGCUGCACGCCGUGUACCGAGAGAUUCACACACACACAGAUUGCCAUCAUGGCUCAGGCUAAAAUCAGCGCCAGAAUGAACACCGACGCCGCCAAAGGUAAAUUCAGCAGGUCCGUGUCGAUGGCGGACCGCUCCAUGCACUUACUCCAGAGUCUGGAUGAAAUUGAAAUGAGGGUGGAGGCACUAAGGGAAGCGGCCACAGCUAUGGAACAUGAGAGGGAGUGCUUACUCGAAAUGAUCCAGUCCAUUCAGAACAGCCAGGAAAUGCGAACCAUUUGUGAUGGAGAGCGAGAAGAACUCAGUCUGACUGCUGGUAGACUCAUGAGCCGGACGCUGACAGUGACCAUCUCGGUGGACACCAUCCGAAACCCACAACAGGAAGAGGCGCUGAGGACAGCCAUAGCGAUCAUCGACGAGAUCGCUGCUAAAGUGCUUGAUGACAUGGAGAGUGCGAGGAAGAAGCUGCAGGCCCUUCACGCCGCCUGCCUCACGGAGGCGCCGCUGGUUCCCAUUGACCAGAAAUUCCAGAGCAUUGUGAUCAGCUGCGCACUGGAAGACCAGAAGAAAAUCAAGCGGCGGCUCGAGACGCUCAUACGGAACAUGGACAAUGCGGAGAAAACCAUCAAGAUCAUGGAUAACCAGAAGGUGGACGAGUCCAAAAGUGCCAACGGCAAAUGAUGACACGGGGUGUGGACAGUAACACCUCUGUGGAGUGCCUAACUGUAGCACGUGCCUUCACUAAUCACUGGGAUCAGCACAACUUUUCAUUUCUAACCACGUGUGCAUGUGACGUGCUACACUUAUAGUCUUAUACCGCCAUUUUGUUAACUCAAUUAAAACGGAAGAGCUGAAAAUUGUUAAUUAAUUUAAGUAGUAUUCAAGGCAACAGAAUGUAUCGUACACGUUAAGUCUCCGAGACGUACCCCAACUUCUAUAUAUUAUCGGCUAAUUCUAUUAGUGUUCUACUAACAAAAUCCAAUUAACGAGUCCUCUGCACCUAUCCGAGUCCGAUCUGUAGUUGAGACCAAUUAUGAACUUUCCAGUGUUUUCCAGGGCAGAACAAACCAAAUCCCUGGCUUAGGCCACACCCACUUCAGGUUUAAAUCCGAAUACAGAUACGGAUAGCGUUAUAUUAUUGUAAAUUGUACCUGUAAUGUUUAGGAUGUAUCUGGAUCUGCACAUGGUAUGCAUACGCUGAGGGUUCAAUUUAGACUAUGGCUGCCAUCAUGCUCAAGUGGAAUUCUUCAUAAGGCUGUUAAGAUUGUCAUAUUACCAUAUAGAGCAAUGCUCGUCACUGUAGCUAAGGAGCGAAACGCUCAACGUGAAGGCGUGUUCGAGAAGCCUUUAUAAAAAUAUAACACUUGAAAGUGUUAGUAGUGCAACACGUAAUAUCUCACAACAUUUACCUCUAAACUUAUUACAGUUACAGCUUAAUGAUCAUGUAAAAUUUGAGUGUCUGUCCAGAAAAAGUUUAAUUUUUCCAUGCCAUGUUCCCGGAGUUCAUUUUAAAUAACUGGUGAUGCACAGCGUAUUAAUGUAGUUCAUCCCACCUCGUGAAGAUCCCUUAGACAGAUCUCUACAGUACAGGAAAGAAGUUUCCAAGCAAGCGUGCUCAAAUAUUAAUAUACAAAAUAUCUUGUUAAAUGGAGACAGACAGUUAAAAUAGAUCCUUUAUUUGUAAAAUGACUACCAUCUACCAGAGCAAAGUGACACCAGAUAAGACAUGUUCGGGGGAGGAAACAAAAUGAUUACAGUGAAGGUUUUUUUUUUGUUUUGAAAUAAACAUUUCUGUGAAAUAUUUAUAGACCAGUCAGUGCAGGAACAUUUACUUGAAACGUAAAGUUUACAUUUAAUAUAAAGGCAUCAUAACCAAAUGAGAAAGAUGUAGAACCACUAUUAGCAGUCGUAACAAAUGUAAUAUUUUUAUAUACUCGACAUUUUCAUGUAUGCUCAAGGUUGUGCUCUGUGAUAAAGUGACCAGAUAUUCUUUUCUUUCUUUUUUUUUUUUGACGAAUAAAGUGCCUUGAAUCCAUCGUAAUGUAGGCUUGAAUCUUUAUAUCCAAAAGAGCGUAAAUGAUUAGAUUACACAGAAUUACAAAAUACAAAGAGAGCAAGGUCAUAUAAAGCUCAUCACAACUGUAAACAUAUUGCUGGUCAUUGUGGCUAAGUACCGUCGAUACACAUUCAUACAUGAAAUCAUAUGUAAGGCAUGCAUGUUGUGCGUAAAUGUAAAAAAAUAAAAUAAGCCAGACGGAUUGAGUGUUUUAUACGUUUUCAUGUAUGCUGAGCUGAAAUGGGUGAUUUCCUCAUUGCUUUAGAGACUGAUCAAGGAUUAAUCCGAAAUUAUACAAUAGAAUCGAGUCCUAAUUACAAACGAGCAUUAUCUUAGUGAAGUAUCUUCCAGUAUUCACUGUGCUUUUAAGCAAGCCCUCAGAAGCUUCUGCAACCAAGAGCUUUAACCCUCAACUGCUCAACCCCCGGGUUUAUAUUGCAUUCGGUCUCAUUUGUUCAGUCAUUACUUUGGAGAAAAUCAUCUACCAAAUGAACAAGUGUACAAGAGUCUCCCAAAGUUUAGUUAUACAAGAACAACAGUUGAACAUGACGAAGGUCCAAUUCAGAGAAAGGACUGUAUGGACACAGAAAUCCGAUCUUAUCACAAAUCAGACUUGAGCCACUUUCGUAUGCAGUCCUAGAUUGGAUAUACCCAAUUGGAUAAAUGACCAUGUGACAUGAAAGUGAACGGUAAUGGAAUUCAUGUGGCCCAUUAAGACACGUGUAAACAGCAAUGGAGGACAAACAAUGGGGACUAUAUUGAGUGGAAGGAAUCUACAGAAACCAAGUAUUUGAUGUGUGCGUUUGAAGGGACAGGUGUGUUCACAACCACCAGUGACCAAUAAUCGGUCUUUAAUGAGGACCUUUGAGACAUCAAAAUCAGAAUUGUGCAAAGAAGUUUGCAGUGAUUGCUCCAAGUGUAAUGUCUGAAGUGGCAGAUCGUUUAGAGCUGUGGAUCUCAAAUUGGGUUCUGUGAAGUAUAGCCAAUGGGUCAGGGAUUUUUUUUUCCUAGAAAUUUUAUGUAAAUUUUAC